AGCUGCUCCGAAAGAAAAUCGCGCCCGAUAAGCCGACCCCGACGCGGGUGCGACCGACCUCCUUUUCUUCACCCGAGAGAAAGGAUGGCAUCCAUGCGGGCAAAUGACCGAGCAUGGACGGAGCACAAGAUGGGUCGGUCGGGGCCUCGACGACCCACCUUGAUGGAUAGCGCUUGGAACCAACAGCAGUCUCCAUUGAAGCCGGGAGAAGUGGAGAAUGACAUCGAUGAGAAGCCAAACUAUCAGAAGAAGGCCGGUGCACCGGAGACGGCGAACAGCGCGACCAGCGUGACCAACGGCGCGGCCCGUGGCCGCGGGGUGAAGUUUACCUCGGAGCCCGCCGCAGCGCUGAAGCUCAUCGACACGGAGAAGCGUGGCGCGCAGCCCGGCACCUGCAUGGCACCCUUGCAGUACCGCGCCGGCACGAACGGCACGAACGGCACGAGCGCGGAGAACGACUCCAUGAUGAACCCCUUCGCAAAGCCUUGGACGCCGCAGGUGGGGCAGUUCCAACCCAUCGGGGUGAUCCAGCAACCCAUGCAGCAGAUGCAGAUGCAGCAAAUUCCACAGAUGCAGCAGGGCCUGCAACCGCUCCAGUUGGGACAAUAUCAGCAGAUGCCGCAGCAGAUGCCGCAGCAGAUGCCGCAGCAGAUGCCGCAGCCGAUGCCGCCCAAUGCUCCGAUGCCCGGGACGAACGGGACCAUGCCCAAUGGCACGGUUGGAUGCUUCUACGCCACGCCCACGAUCCAGGUGGCAGCGCCUUAUACCACAAUGGCACCCAUGCCGCAGGUGUCCAUGGUCAUGGUGCAGAAUCCCCCGAUGACUUCGCCACAGGCCGAUGUGCAUGCGCCGCCCAUGACGGGCCCAAUGCCUGGCCCUAUGCCUCCGAACCCCGCACCGAUCGGGGCCGGAACCUGCGCACCGCGCAUGACGAAUAACUUGGCGCCCAUCGGGCCGCCGAUGCAGCAGAUGCCAAUGCAGCCACAGAUGCAGCCGCAGAUGAGCAUGGCUGUUGCUCCUCCGAUGCCACAGCACCCACAGCACCCACAGCACCCACAGCAGCAGCAUCUGCCGGGUGAGCCGCCCCUGGGGUCACCUGAGUUGCCAUCGAAGGGGUCAGCACUGCAUGCCUACCGUGCCUGUAAGCCAUGUGCCUUCUUCUACCAGGAAGGCUGCUCAAACAAGGAGCAGUGUGCCUUCUGCCACCUCUGCGAGCCUGGCGAGCGCAAGAGGCGCAAGAAGGAGCGCCGCAUGGCGCGGCGCGAGGCGCAGGAGGGAUGAACUUGAAACGAAACGUAGCAGGUCUGGUGCGGGGAAAUUCCCCGUCGCACCCAUGGGAAGAAGCUUAACACGAGCUGCGCUCGGGUGGGGCUUUAGCACUUUCUGAAUG